GCUCCCACCCCGCUCGUGGGACAGGUGUUUUAAUAAGACAGCCAAUUGAUGUUCCCAGUGUACUCUGCUACUUGCUGCCGCUGUGUGAAUUCACGGAGUAGUACAGAACUUAUUGUGGGCCGCGCGAUAUCGCGAGACUUGUGCCAUUAUCAACCUGCUUGACACACAGCAGCGCUGAGUGCAGCCUGCCUUGCCAGGGUCGGACUGAAGCUCAAGAAACGACAAGGAGAAGCGAACAUCUGGCCGCACAUCAUGAAAGGACGUCGGGGCUUAUAGGAGACAAGACGACGACGCGGGCGGAGAUAAAUGUUAUGAAGGAAGAAUGGAGUUCCCAGACCAUAGCCGCCAGUUGCUGCAGUGUCUGAGUCAGCAGCGUCACCAAGGUUUCCUCUGUGACUGCACUGUUCUUGUCGGGGAGGCUCGAUUCAAAGCGCACAGAGCCGUGCUGGCCUCCUGCAGCAUGUACUUCCAUCUCUUCUACAGGGACCAGCUGGACAAAAGGGACGUUGUGCAUCUCAACAGUGACAUUGUGACAGCCCCGGCUUUCAGUCUGCUCCUUGAAUUUAUGUAUGAGGGGAAGUUGGAAUUCAGCUCUCUCCCGGUAGAGGAUGUCCUGGCAGCAGCCAGUUACCUCCACAUGUAUGAUAUAGUGAAAGUGUGUAAAGGCAAGCUUAAAGAUAAGGAACUCUCCUCUCUGGAUGAAAAGAUGAGUGAGGGUUUGGGACUCAGCUGUCUGGACAGGGAAAAUUCCUCAGAUGGCGAGCUGCACAGUAAGCAGCUCAUCCGGCGACAGCCCCAGACACAGUCUCAGGGGCUUCACAGGGCCCCCCCAGCGGAAGAGUUUGACAUGGACAACAGCGAAGUCAGGCUGGCUGUCACAGAUUGUGAUAGGUCUGCACGGAGCAGGCAGAAGGCAAACGGUCACUCUGGCAGGUCCCCGGACCUUGUAGGUGUCAAUUAUUUGUCAGCAGAGGCCGAGCCCUGCGUCCAAACAGCUGGAAAAACAAAAGCUGAUGUCAGUAGUUCCACCGUAUCGCUGUCCCAGAGGUCCCGGGCUUCAGAUGACAUGGACUGUGCACUGGAUUUGUCUUUCAAGCCUCUGUCUAGCAGAGAUCCCUUACACCCCUCCUACGUCUCGGGACAGCUGGCCCUCGACAGCCAGCAGCAGGGCACUGAGCCACUUGUUAAAGACGAACACGACUUGCUGUCAGAGCAGGAGGACAGUGAGCCGAUGAGCCCUGAGAGCCAGCGCUUUGGGAAUAGUGCCAGGAGCUCAGUGGUGACAGGGUUCGCUGCCCUCUUCCCAGGCAACAACGGCUCCACAGCCGCCCUGCUCUCCCAGGAGGAGGACCUGAUGGACGAGGAGGGGGAGGCCUGCAGAGGGAGGGAGGGCGCCCCAGGCAGGGAGGUAGAGGAGAGGAGGGGGAGGCUGCUGGGGGACAGUGAAGAGGAGGAGGAGGACGACCUGGCCUCUUCAGACAUCUCCACCUCCAGCGGGGUGCUCCUGCCCCCGGGGCAACAGGUGUGCGUGUGCCCCCUCUGCAGCAAAGUUUUCCCCAGCCCCCAUGUGCUGCAACUGCACCUCAGCUCACACUUCCGCGAGAAGGACGGUGCCCGCUCCAAGUUGUCCCCUGAUGGCUCGGUCCCCACCUGCAUGCAGUGCAACAAGACCUUCUCCUGCAUGUACACCCUCAAGCGCCAUGAGCGCACACACUCUGGCGAGAAGCCAUACACCUGUGGCCAGUGUGGCAAGAGCUUCCAGUACUCCCAUAACUUAAGUCGGCACGCUGUAGUUCACACACGUGAGAAGCCUCACGCUUGUAAGUGGUGUGAGCGGCGCUUCACCCAAUCUGGGGACCUCUACCGCCACAUCAGGAAGUUUCACUGUGGCCUUGUCAAGACUCUCGCCAUUGGAUAAAACACCUCUCACCAGUGCCAUGACAUAAGACAGAAUGUCUCUACAUACACUGAAUACUACUACUGAACACUUUGCCCAUUAGUACACACAUGUUGGCAGUUUGUCGGAGACUUAUCUUUUUUGGAUUCUACCCCAUGUGGCAUUUCUCAAGUUAAAGAUGUAGCAACGUUAAAACUGGAGCUGCUCUCUGCACCGGACUGUGUCACAGGCAUACACGAUGGUCAGAGGGUGGACAGGUGAAGGUGCAGCAAAGGCUGUUUAGGAUAAACACGGGUGCUGUGAAACCCCAAGCUGGAUCUGUGUCGACGAAGGUGAACAAAUCAGAUGAUGCACUUGUUUGUUUCUGUCUCGUUUGUGUCAAUCUGUUGAGUUUAUUUGAGAAAGAUAUUUGCCGAAAGAAAUGUUUGUACCCCGUGGGCAAAUGGGUGAUAGCUAAUGCUAACAUAUGUUAAUACAAUCGUCAGAGUGAGACUUUUAUUUGUGCACAUGGGAGAUCAGAACCGUCCGUGAGUAGCAAUAUAUAAUUUUUUUUAACUCCUACAUUAUUAUUAUUUAUUUUUUGGGAUUUUGUUUAGUCCUUAACAAGUAAACUAUCAUAAGGCAGCAAAACUAAUGAAGUUUGACUACUGGAAGUAUAAUUUCUUUUUUCAUGGAAGCAGAAUCUUUGGUUGAAAUGAAGUUGGUUACAGUUUUAUGUUGUUUGUAACAAGAGGCAAGCAGACUAUCAUAUCAUCAUUUCUUUUUCUGCCUUGGAGUGAGUUAGCAGCUCUCACAUAUCGAUGAGAUUGCCUUCGAACUUGCUCCUUAAAAAGAAGCUGAGGAAUCAGAGGAGGGAUAGAGAGUAAGCUAAUGCCUGUAACACUGGUGCCUACUGAAAUUCGCAACACUUCACCUAGUGUACUUACUUAAACAAGAAUGAGAUAAAUCACAAUGCCUUCUUGUAAAAUUCUGUCAGUUUUCAGGCCUUUAAAAGACAAAAAAAAAUCUGGAUUACACUCCACAUACCAGGUGGUAACAAUGGUACUCUGGAAUGCCAAUUAACCCACGUGUGUCCUUCAUUAAAUAAUUCACAAGAAUGUAAUAAAAGCACCUUUUAAAAAGGUCUUGUCAAUUAAAUGUUUAUCGACUCCUUUGGGUUAAGAGCAAACAGUUUCCAGUAAGUUACCUGGUUAUUUCCUGGUAUGGCAUUAAGGUGACACUGACACGGUGUGAAGGGCCAACCCUAGCAGGCAGGCAGGGAGGGAGACAGGUGGAUGUUCAGUACUUUGUUGACGUCUGUGCCAUUCAGCUGAAUCUACUGACUUUUCUUUCUUUGAAUUAACCUUUCUCACAUUAUCAUAUCCUCUUACUGUACAUGUGUAUUGUUACUACUGAUGAAGCUGGAGCCUUUAGUGGCGCUGUCCUUGAAAGAAUCUCCGGGGGCAGGAAAUGAACUCAUUUCUGUCUGUUCACAUAGAUGCUAUCUGGAUUCCUAGCAGGGGGCGUAGCACUAAAAGUUCGUGAUAUUUGUCUAAUCUGUCCUGAGAAGACUUGAUCAGAAUUUAUUUAUUAGUUUGACUUGGUUCAGGGUUUACUUUUAGGUGUACUUCUUAUUUCUAUAAGCUUGAAAGAUGCCGCGUCUUGCCUAGCGAUCUUGGUACUCAUUAACCGGUAUUGGGGCUGUCUGUUCAUUUUUCCUUUUGUGCAAAUCAAGUUACUGUAAUUGUAUUUUAAUAUACCAUGUUAGAAACUUCUGCGGAGUAUUCAAGAUUUGUCACAUGGAACAUAGAGAAGCACUUGUUUUUAGCAUGCAUAUAGUUUCAACACUAUUGUCUAGGCUGCUAUUUCUUACUAUAUGUAUAUUUAAUGUAAAUAUAUAUCCUAUUUAUCAAACUGUUUUUGUUUUUUCCGUGUUGCGACACAUGUAAGGUGGAGAGAGUCAGGUGUCUUAUUAAGGCUGCAGGUCUCUUAAAGUGUCACAUCUUCCCCCCGAGGGAGUUUGGUCCCUUCUCCAUAUUCAAGACUUGAUUGGAGUCGCUACAAAUCAGAACAGUUAAUACCCCUCUGACUGCUGUUCCGCCACAGGAAACAGUUGUUCACAAGCACAGCCACACUGAUACGGCAUUGGCUACCUAUAGAAACGAGACAAUACAGGCAUUGUCGUCGUCCCCCCAGCCACCCACCCACCCACCACCACCCCACCCACCAAAUCCCAGGUAGUUCUCAAGGGAUCAUUGUGUAUCUCUCUCCUAGCUGUGGGGAGAAAAAGCAGCGCAAGUCUCUCUUUGCACUUUUCUGUAUUGAAUGGAGCCAUUGGAAUGUGAGAAAUGUAUUUAGCAAAGGGAGACCAAGGACACUGUAAACAGGUGUAUUGUUUGGAGGCAUCAAAGAACAGCACCCCCCCAUCCCAGCAUGCAGUAGAUAAACGCUUCAUUGUUCCUCAACGAGGAGGAGACACCACGGUGAUUUGAUUGCACAUCUAUCAAGAGAAUAUCAGAGUUAUCAGAGUAUUGUGUUCCAAGUGCUAGACGUAGAAAAAUCGUCGAGACUGAAAAUAUGGUCUGGCAACUGUGACGAUACAGGUCAAAAGUAGGUGCUGACUACUUAUCCAUUUCAGCAAAUCACACCCUUAGGUGCUUUUCUUUCCGUUUUGUCUUUUUAUGUUAAUCACCAAGACUUCUUUCAGGACACAGAAAUGAAUUCACAUGUGAUUUCUCAGCAUUUGCAACGGUCUGUCAGCAUCUCUAAUGGAGGAGCCCAAGUGGAGAACGAGUCAAAGCAUUUCUCGCAGAAUUACUGCAAUCUGUUUUCAUUCCCAUCCCUGACCUGCAGUCAGCGCUGGGGCUUGAAUGAACAAGGCUUGUGUGUGUAAUUUUUUUUCCACGAGAAAUGUGAUUUGGCUCGCUGUUGACUUGCACAAACACUCCCGCCGUUCGAAUGCUCUGAGAGUUUAAAUCACUUCAGAAAGAACAAUAUAUGCGUAGUGUUUAUAAUGUACAUUUCAAUCAGAACACACAGGAAUGUAGGUUUUUGUCACUUUCAGUUGUGUUUUAAAGGAACAUUUCUUAUGUGGUGCAAAUGAAAUUGCUCGAUUCUCUAAUGUACAUGUGUACAGAGGUAGAAAAACUAACGAUAUGUGAAGAUUUUUUGUUUUCUUUUUAUUGUUUGCAGUCUUUAUUUAUACCUCCAGGAUGAUCACCAAAUGUGCCUUGUAGACACACGGAUAGGUGUUGCAUCUGGAGAAGCCCUUUUUCUAUAUUGUGCAUUUUUGCCCUUGACUGCGGUGGUAAAGUUCACAUCACAGCGACAGUAGCCCACACAACUGUUUGUCCUGUUUUUUUACCAUGUCAAAACCUUAAAUCAGACAAACUUAAAAAGAUUCAAGUCCGUUUAUUUUUGCUGCUUUGCGAGAGAUUACAGUUGAGAUUUAUUUGACCGUUUUUAUUUAUGUGAAUAAAUCUGUUUUGGGCGUGUUAAACUGUAGACAAGCAUUUUCUUUUCUUUUCUUUUUUUUGUGAUUUGGCUUUUAGAAGCCAAUACUACUGGGAACUAACAGUCUGUUCCUUUAGUUAAUGUCACUGUUGAAUGUGAAACACUGAGAUUUUGAUUGUUGACUUCUAUGGAAACAGCGCUACUCUUGAUCGAGGGCUAUGUUUGCCUAUAACUCAUGCUGUAUGAUCUUUAAGUCUAAAAAAAAAAAAAAAAAAAAGACUUUACCAAUACUGGAAUUUUGUCCUCUGCAGGUUACAACUGUGAAAUUGUGUAUAAUCAUGAGAAAUAUUUAUUAUUGCAUUUGCUUCUUGUGCAACAUUUGACUGUCUCAGUUUUAAUUUGGUAAGAAAAAAAAGCUUCUAAAUGUCAAAACGAAAAAUCUUUUUAAUAGAAUUUGUAGAAGUGCCAUUAGAAUUUAAUAUAAUUUUUUAAUAAGAAAGGUAUAUUUUAUAGUAAUCAAUUGCUUCAGUGUUAGUGGUGUAGAGAUUAGAGGACAAUCUUUAUGCAGAAUUGACAUUGCUUAGAUAUUGAGGCAAUUUACUUUUGAUCUAUAACUGUAUGUGCAUUUUCUUUGUUUGCGCUUUUUGGAGUGUGCUUGUGUGCGUGUGCUGUGGAAAUGUGACAAUCUUGAUUUAGGUCUUUCUUAAGAUUAUGCAUAGAAUUAAAUGGAACAACUUUC